AUGGAAUCAACAUCGGCCAAGAAAUCAGCCAUGCGUUAUGCACAUCCAUCAAAUGAAACUUAUCCAUACAACGUUAAUGGCAGACCAAAUAUGCCUAGAAACUCAUUCGCUGCAAAGAUCUAUAAGCGAAAUGCAAUCUUUAGACCUGAAGAGCGAAUAGAAACAGAUUUGGAUGAUGAUACAGUAAGCGAAAUUGUUCCUAGACAACCUAGUCCUCCCCGUACUGUAAGACCCAGCCAAGGUGCAUCAGAAGAGACUCGACUUUUACGUCAACAACUCAUGAAAGCAAGUACAGAGAAAAACUUUGAGGAUUUAGUUGCAUUGAGAUAUACAGAGCCUGAAGAAAGGUUUAAAGAAUUUGAAGAAAUAUUAGCAGCGCGCACUGAAUCUACUGAUGAUAUAAUCAAGCACAUGCAAGCCAUGAAUGAUGAAAAAUCAGCUAGAAUCGAAGAGUUGGAGAAAGAGUUAUUAGAGACUCGAAAGACAGUUGAAAUGCUUGGAAAGGAACAUGACAAGAAACUGAAAGAUUCAAAGGAUCCAUUUAUUGAAAUGUACAAGAGUUUGACUGGCUUAAUAUUUACGGAUGUCAAGACCUCUAAUACCGGAAUAACCUACACAUGUCGACAGGAAGGAAGCACUGGCAAAAUCCAAUUUAAAUUGACUCAGCCAUCUGAUACCAAGCAAGGAAUGCAUUAUGAGCCGCAAUUAAACGAACGGAAGGAUGCUGGCCUCAUCUCUAUUCUUCCUGAACGUCUACAAAAGCAGAUCGUGUUCCGGACGGACAAUCUGCGUGCCUUUUACACAGUACUUCACAGUAGUCUUCAAUUAAAGACAGAGGCUACAAAAGAUGAGACUCGGAAUGAAAUUUAA